AUGGCAGAAAGGUCACAAGGAUCUGACAGCCCUCAAGAAGGCCAAGAAAAGAGCAAGCGAGAGAUCCUGAGGUGCACCAAGAGGGCCUGGGCUCCUCUGGAUGAGCAGCUGCCACCCGGCCCCGAGGAAAGACCGCCUCUCACCACCCCUGAGCUGGAAGAUUCCAAACAAGAUAGUAUUUGGCAGUGGCUGGACUCUGGAUUCUUUGUCUCUGUAAAUGAAAACUUUCAGCAAGUCAUCGACUACACUGCUUCUUUGCAUAAAGAAGGAGUGGUUCAAAUGACUGUGGAAGACUACAUGAGAUCUCUGCAUCAGUGUUCAGAAACUCCCACCCUAUCCAGAGGGGCCAGCUUCAACUCCUGCCAUUCUACUGCGAGUAGACCACAAAGCAUUCCUGAAUGGCUGGAAUUUGGGGAAAAAGAUCCAGUGGAGAUUCUCUUGGAUCUGGGAUUCGGUGCUGACGAGCCAGACAUCUGCACACAAAUCCCAGCCAGAUUCUUCCGUUGUGGCUCCGCAGCCAGAGGAAUCAACAUUCAUGUUUUUCUUGAAGCUCAAAAGCAUCGAAUGGACGUUGAGAGCCCUAACUUGUACGGCCAUUUCCGACAGCUGGAAAUCCUGCACCAGGUGACAAGUCCCUUCUCAUCUUUGCUGAGUGGUGUGAGCGUCCUACAGAACAAAGCCGAACAGAGAGCCGGAGGAGAGAGUGUGCAAAGAACCUCGGGGAGCGGGGCCAAAGAGCAUCAGAGAAGGAUGGGUAAACUUCUAAGGAGAGCCUCGAAACAAAACAUCAGGAGGGACUGUAGCUCAGGAGCAUCAGAGUCAUUCAAGAUGAAGGAUGAAUUUUUCACCCCCUCUGCAAAGCCAGAGGAGAGUGGAGCAGACUUACCUGCGGCCACAUUCAACCAGGACCAAGGGCAUUUGUCUCCUUCAGCAGAGCACCCGUCUCUCCCAGCCUGCGAUGACUUGACACCUUGUCAUCCUCCCCGAGCUCUUCAGGGCAAGCAGCUGACCAAGCAGACCACUCCGUCCUGUGUGUCCGAGGGGUCAGCCAAGGGCAGAACUCAGAAGAACUUAACUCAGACUAAUAAGCUCAAGAACUUGUCUCGUCUUGCUCGUGAAGGACCAGACUCCUUCGAAAUGGAAGAGGUCAGUGUUGUAAGUGAGCGCUGAGCUUCCCGAGGGAGUAACCUGUCCCAUGCAUCCUUUGCCUUCCAGCCCUCGUUUGCCCAUUCCAUCUUUCAACCCCUCAGCAUUUCUUCUUACUUUCCAACUCGGUCCGGGACAUGCAAAGUCAUUCUACUGGCUUCAGUCAAAAAUAA